AUGAAGAGUAUUAUGAUACUUGGCCGUACUUUGGUGAUUUUAUUGGUAUUCAUAAAAGGAAUUACAUCAGACUCUCAUGAGGAAGAGCUACUGGAACGCUGCAGUUUAAUAGUAUCGGCUGACUUGUCGAUUAUGAACAGUGUUAACAAGACCUUUGUAGACAUGAGGAAACAGUUGUCCAAUGCACACUUUGUGACAACAUACGAAACAAAUGUAUUCGGGAUGGCUCAGUGCAGGAACUAUCUCUCAACCGCGGAUUGUUUGGCUUGCUUUGAUGCUGGAGUCACUCAAAUUAGACGGAAGUGCGAUCCUGCAGCAGUUGGUAUUCACUUCAUAUACCAAGGAUGCUUCAUCAGGCAUGGGAUUCGCAACUUCUACAAACAGAUAACAAUGGAAAGCCCUGUUUUGAAUUGUAGCUACAAUCAUAGUGUGGCUGAGCCAGGUGCUUUCGGGCAAAUAGUUCAAGGACUGUUGACAGAAAUGGUUGCUGCCACGCCAAAGAUGAAGAAUUACUUCGCAGCAGCAAAAAGGCAAGUUUUGAGUAAUGGUACAACGCCAACAGUGUAUGCUGUGGCGCAGUGCGUGGAGACUGUAAGCCAGAGUGAUUGCGGAAGUUGCUUGACACAGAUAUAUACUAGGUUGAAAACAUGUCUUCCACAACCAGGGGGAACUUGUGUAGAAGCAGGCUGUUUUCUCAGAUACUCUGACAGCUCAUUUUUCGCGGAUAGCAACAUAACUAAUAUCACACCGUACAAAGGAGGGGGGAAUACGUGA